AACACGUUUUGUAGGAGAUAAGACUUUAUAUGCUGUUAAUGUUUCUGUUACUUAUUCGCAUUUGAAUAAGGAAUAAGUAACAAAAUGUAAUUAGUUACUUAUUCCUUUUUCGAAAAAGGAAUAAGGAAUAAGUAACCAACUUUCUCGUCAUCAAAUCAGUGCUAAAUGUUGAUCUAUUAAUCAAAGAUACUGGAAAACUUAGUUAUCUAAACACAUCGUCAAACAAUGACACGUUUUUCUUGAUAUCUCACUUCUAAACGAAAUAUCAAGGACUAGAACCCUUCGAUUUGAAAAAAAAAUGUCAGCUUGUACUUGCGCACGGUUAUAUCUGCUAAGCUGUUAUGGAAUUUGGUUGUAAUGAAAUUUGAUACGCGAAAUUGAUUAAUAGUUCAUCGGAACGACCUCACCUUUCAAAUGAAACAAAGAAAACUGACUCGCUCGCAUAAAUUUUACAUAAUUUAUUUUAUUAUUUUUUUUUGAAUUGUGCGGCCGAUCAACAAUAGCAAACUGUUCAGUAACAGCGUUUUAGACAUUACUUUAACUACUCCAACCUAUUUAAAUAUUGCCCCUAUUGGGACUGUGGCUAUUUCUAUUAACUGAAAUUGAAACACUUAAACGAAAGCUAUAGACAAACAUAUAAAAUGCACAUGAUCUAAGAAUACGACUACUUCGGAGAAGAUAGACUUCUUUUUAUUACAAAAUUACUUUGGAUCACUUGCCCUUUACCUGUGGAAUCAACAUAAACGGCAUCUUACCUUGUCAUUUUUACGUAAAUGGUACGUUAUAUAUACACAAAGUUUGCUGCAUAUAAAAGUAUGCAAGUUUAUAUAAUCAUACAAACUAUCUUCUUCAAUGUAUCUAUGAACCAAUAUCUUUUAGGCUGGAAUAGAAACCGAACGCUUAAAAUUGGCUUAUGAAGCCGCAGCAGCCUCUAUUUUGUUCCAGACUAUCAAGGAAGUCAAACCAUGCCUUUUAGAACCAGGAAACCAAUACAUGAUCAUUGAUCUUGGAGGCGGGACAGCUGAUAUUUCCGUGCAUCAGAAGCAGACAAACAACAAAUUAAAGGAACUCCAUCAAGCCAGCGGCGGGCCUUGGGGAGGCACAGUUGUUGAUGACAACUUCUUAAUAUGGCUGACAGAUAUAUUUGGACGUCAAAUCAUGGACACAUUCAAAAAAAAAGAAAUGGAAGACUAUUUUGGCUUACUUAGAGAAUUUGAAAUUAAAAAGAGAAGCAUGGAUCCAGAAUCCAAUCAAGUAAUUACCAUGCGAUUGCCAGUAUCACUUACUAAACUUCAUGAAGAAAUUGCACACGUUACAUUAGACACCAAAAUUGACGACAAGGGAUUAAAGGAAUUUGUUCAAUUGAGAAAUGAAAAAAUGAGAGUCCAUCCUUCUAUUGUCAGGACAUGGUUUGAUGUACCGAUCAUUAAUUUGAAAAGUCAUGUCAAAGAUGUUCUUUUAAAAGAAAACAUGGAAAAGGUCGAAAUGAUUUUUCUAGUCGGAGGAUUUAGUGAAAGCAAAUAUGUACAAAAAAGCAUAAAGGAUGCUUUUCCAAGAAAAAAAGUUAUUAUUCCUGAUGACGCGGGUUUAGUUAUGCUGAAAGGUGCUGUAUGUUUUGGGUACACGCCGAAUACCAUAUCCUCAAGGAUCAUGCCCUUUUCAUAUGGCUUGCAUACAUCGCAGGAAUAUGAUAAGGUUCAGCAUGCUGGUGCUACAGUUAAAAAGCUAGGCGGCGUUAAAAAAGCUGCAGAUCUGUUUGAUGUAAUCAUACAUGCCGGAACAAGGGUAGAAAUUGGCAAAACAAUUCGCAAAGGGCCCUACAAGCCGAAUAAUCCAGUUAAGACAGUAUUAGAUAUAUACAGAACAAAAGAGGAAAAUCCGAAAUACAUAAAUGAUCCUGGAUGUAUACGUGUAGGCAGACUUAACAUUUCACAUCCAGGUGGUAAGUCGCUAGACGAUAACACACUGAGCGUGGAUUUUACGUUUGGUGACGCAGAACUAGUAGUGACAGCAGAAAACAUCAAAAAGAAAAAACUGUAUUCGACAUGUAUUGACUAUGUCGGGUAGGUUUAAGAAAUCAUCUGCUUGAAAAAAACUUAGCAGAUUGUGUUAAAAAGGAACUCUGACUUUGGGAAGAAAAUUUUUUUCGUGAUGAUAUACGAAUAUACGCAAUUACUUUUUGCUCCAUAUAUUAUGUUUCAAGUGACGUUCUGCAUGAACACGAAAACUAAAUAUAUAUAUAUAAAAGAG